CUUUUUUUCUAUUGGUGCAAUUAUUGACAUGCCAGCCAAUCAUGAGCAGCCACGGUCAAGCUUCCUAGGAAAGCUGGCAGCUGUGCACAGCCAACAAAGUGAUUUUCUUCUCUAAUGGAACUGACGGCGGCUUCACCAUUUACAGCGUAAUAUCUUCUCUGCCAGCAGCCGCACCUGAUGUUGCAGGGUCCCUCCCCGCCCUUGAGCGCCAAGAUGAGGACAGCAGUGAUGACGGGUGCCAGCCUGGCACUUACAGCUGCGGUGGUGGCUCACGCUUAUUACCUCAAGCACCAGUUCUACCCAACAGUUGUUUAUCUCACCAAGUCCAGUCCCAGUAUGGCUGUGCUUUAUAUACAAGCGUUUGUCCUAGUCUUCCUCCUAGGAAAGUUCAUGGGCAAGGUAUUUUUUGGUCAGUUGAGAGCAGCUGAGAUGGAGCACCUCCUGGAGCGCUCGUGGUAUGCAGUCACAGAGACCUGUCUGGCUUUCACUGUCUUCAGGGAUGACUUCAGCCCACGUUUUGUGGCCCUCUUCACACUCCUACUGUUUUUAAAGUGUUUCCAUUGGUUGGCUGAGGACCGUGUUGAUUUUAUGGAGCGCAGUCCGAACAUUUCCUGGUUAUUUCAUUUCCGUAUUCUUGGAGGAAUAACAGAGGAGCAGUACAACAGUUCUAAAAUGAAAUGCAUUCCAGAAGAGCAGACAGGCUCUCUUUAAACUGUAAGUUUUCCU